AUGGAUUUAUUCUUUCAACCAACAAAAGGAAGGCCAUUUUCAAUUGAAGUUGGCUACUUUGAUUCAAUCUUAGAGAUCAAAGAAAAAAUCCAAAAAUAUCAAGGCAUUCCUGUUCCAAAACAAACCUUAAUUUUCAAAGGUAACGUUUUAGACGAUCAUAUAAACGUUCAUUAUUCCGAUAUCCUCAAUAAUUCUCAUAUUCAACUCGUCGUAGAAUCCGAAUUCAAAUCCGAAUCGGACAAGAACAUUAAUAUCAUCAAGGCAGAACAGUCACCUAAUUAUAUCGCGGCGUCUACGACAACAACUUCUUCAGGAUCAUCAUCAGGAAAUAAUAUAAACGGAUCGAAGAAAAUAAGAAUUAUGGUUUUAUCCAAAUGUGGUACGAAGAAAUUUCCUAUGGAAAUUAAUCCGUCAGACAAUGUGGGACACUUGAGAAAAGAGCUACAAAUAUUGAACCAAAAAUUGGAAUUAGAUCUUCCAAAAGAAGGGUAUUUUUUUAUUUAUAAGCAAAAUGUAAUGGAUGAUGAUCGUUCAUUUAGAUGGCAUAAUGUUUCUCAAGGUGACACUAUUGAGAUCUUUAAUGGUAGUAUCACUGGUGGAGCUUAA